AUGGCCAGGUGGGGAGUGGGGAGUGGGGGCUCCCUGACAGAAUUUGAGCGGGAUUGUUUCGGCAAAAACCCCUUGUUUGAAUCCCUGGUUGCAGAAGUACCUCAGGAGAAUAAAUCUAAAGAAGGAUUCACAGUUGUAGGUGUUGCACUUUUCUAUUACUCAUAUUGCACAUGGAAGGGACGAGCAGUCUUUUUGGAGGAUUUGUUCGUGAUGUUAGAAUUCAGAGGGUGUGGCAUCGGGAAAGGUUUACUGAGCACACUUGCUAAGGUGGCCAGAGAGAAGUUGUGCACUUUGCUGGAGUUGGAUGUGUUUGACCAAAACAAUCGUUCAAGAGCCUUCUACGCUGCAAAAGGAGAUUGGGACGUCACCGCCAUGGACAACUGGCACACCCUGCGUUUUGAUGCAGUCAGCCUCAACAAUUUAGCCAACGAAGCCCCUUAAAGUUAAAAUUGGCAUUGACAUACCAAAAAGGAAAAAUGUAGA